AAUAAAAUAUAAUGAUUAAAAACAAAAGAAAAAUUAAAAAAAUAUAGAUAUAACACAAAAUGAAAGCUCUUUUACUUACUGUUGUUGCUAUUGCAACUCUUCUUACUAUCACUGGAUUUGUUUUCAAUGGAAAGCAUGCUAGCCUUGAAUCAAGAGAAAUUAGAUACUAUGAUGGUUGCACUAAUUUAGAAUUGACUACUGCUGGUGUUUUUGUUGAUGAUACUUGCAGUCAAGCAUACAAAUACACUGUAAUUCCUCUUCCCACUUUGAAAAGAAGUAAUUUUGUUUCUGGUUGUGUUCCUGGCUACAAAUAUGUUCUUACAGAUUUUACUAGUUUUGAUCAAAUUUAAGAAGUAAGAAGGACUCCAUGCUGAAAUAGCAAAUGAAAUAAAUUUGAUAUAAUUCAUAAUACUUUAUCUUACAUAUUAAAUUAAAGUUUUUAUUAUGUAAUUUAUAUAAAAAAGUAAUUUAUUUACUUAAUAUUAUUAUAUUUAAAAACUGAUUAUUUAAAAUAUUUAAUUUAGCCU